AUGUCAGUCGUGAGAAGAAAGUUUGGUGAUGACUAUCAGGCCGUGGUGGCUGCACCGUUCCAUCGGAAAAGGCAGCGCUUUGUAGACAAGAACGGCCGCUGUAAUGUCCAGCAUGGCAACCUGGGCAGUGAGAACAGUCGCUACAUUUCCGACCUCUUCACCACUCUGGUGGACCUCAAGUGGCGUUGGAACCUUCUCAUUUUCUUGCUGACCUACACCGUUGCUUGGCUGGUGAUGGCCUCCAUGUGGUGGGGAAUUGCUUAUUUGCGUGGGGACCUAGAAAUACACCAGAGCCCCAGUUCUGGACACAACCCAUGUGUGGCUAAUGUCUACAACUUUCCCUCGGCCUUCCUCUUCUUCAUCGAGACAGAAGCCACCAUUGGCUACGGUCAUCGCUACAUUACCGAGCGCUGCCCAGAAGGAAUUGUGCUUUUUCUGUUCCAGUCACUGCUGGGCUCUGUGGUAGAUGCCUUCCUCAUCGGAUGCAUGUUCAUCAAAAUGUCCCAACCCAAGAAACGUGCUGAAACUCUCAUGUUUAGCCGGGCUGCUGUCAUCUCGCAGCGAGAUGGAAAACUCUGCCUUAUGUUUCGGGUGGGCAACCUCCGCAACAGCCACAUGGUCUCAGCCCAGAUCCGUUGCAAACUCAUUAAGUCACGACAGACACCAGAAGGUGAAUUCUUGCCACUAGACCAAUGUGAGCUUGAUGUUGGAUUUGGAACUGGGGCCGACCAACUGUUCCUCGUUUCUCCUCUAACCAUCUGUCAUGAAAUCAGUGAUAAGAGUCCUUUUUUUGCCCUCUCGCAAAGAUCCCUAAAGAGCGAGCAGUUUGAAAUUGUUGUAAUCCUUGAAGGCAUUGUUGAAACUACGGGAAUGACGUGCCAAGCCAGAACCUCUUACACAGAAGACGAAGUCCUCUGGGGCCACCGGUUCCUCCCUGUGAUGUCACUGGAAGAUGGCUUUUUCCGUGUGGACUAUUCCCAAUUUCAUUGCACCUUUGAAGUUCCAACUCCUCCCUAUAGUGUGAAAGAGCAGGAAGAGAAUUUGGCUCUCCCGUCGCCUCUGAACACCCCUACUGGGAGUCAUAGGAGUCGGCGGGAAAAGAUCUCCUCGCUUGACUGUCUGGAGUUUUUUGAAGAGAAGAGCAACCGUCUUCCCAGCAAAUUUCAGAAGCUUUGUACUGGGAAGGGGGACCUCCAGAGGGGCAUCCCAAGUCUUUGCUCCACCAGUGUUGAAAAAGCUUGCAGCACUGGUGACCUCUUGAAAAUCCAGCAGAUCAGUUCUGUCUGCAACAUGGAGGAGGAAGGUGAAAAGCUGAAGUUGGCUGCCUUCAAAACGAAAUCAGAGCUCCUGGCUCGUUCCACUGGGAACCUCGAAUUCCAACAGAGACCUCAACUCUUGCAUACCCUGGGGGCAAGAUUGGAGGAUCAUUUGCCUGCCAAGUUACGAAAAAUGAAUUCAGGGCUUUUCUCUUAAAAGAGCAGACAGACAACAGUGUAUGCGGGUUUCCACAGCUGGGGAAUAAGCCAGUCUCCUCCGAGAGCUGCCCUUGAGAUGGGUGAGAUGAGAUUCCUGUCGUUAUUUUCAUGGGUGUUCUGAAGAUGCUGAGCUGACAAAAGUUGGAUUUGGGAAUGACUGUAUGAACUCUUUUUCCUGGGUGUGAAGUUUCUUCCUUUGGGAGAUUCCUCACAAUCUCAGCCUUUGAACUUUUCAGAGGUGGUAAUGGGCUGGUUUGGGUGUUCAGGUUAAAUUAGGAAAGUGCGGAGAUUCCUUCGGAUGGUGUCUCAGUUCCUAGUGACUCAUGUGGAAGCCGUUCCUCUAUUGCUUACAACUGGGAUUUUUUAGGGCUUUCUAGUCUAGCCUUCCCAGUCUUGGCCAUCCCUCAUGAUAUUUCAUCCAACCACGAAUCAGGCUCAACCUGCAUAGCUUUCCUGGGAUGAGCCAAGGUCAAUUAGGAGCUGCCACUUGCUAAGGGCUAAGCACAUAUAAACCUCAUAAAGGGUGAGGAUUCCGAUGGUGAGGGGACAUAAGAAUCACUCCCAAAGACAGACUUCUGAGCCUUAUUGAAUCAGGCAGUAGCAGCAGCCAAAGUCAUCUCACAGAAAGACUUUCCUCAUGAUGGGAGUUGCAUGGCAGACUCUGAUGAUGUCGAACAAAGUCAGUUUUUAUCCCUCCCCAAAGGGACAAAUGAUUUCCAAAAAGGGUAACCCUGUUUGUCUGAAUCAGUGAAAAAUAACUGAUGUGGAAUCCCAGGAAGGCUGUGUGGGGAGAAGUUGCUUCUUUUACAAUCCCUUUUAGGCAGAAAUGCCUCCAGAACAUCUAAUGUUGAAUGAUUUUGACUGUGUCAGAAUGGAAAAGUUGGUACAUGAAUGAAACCUAUCAUACUAUCUGUAGUGAAUUAAUUUAAUUUCCAUUCAAUUUUAAUUCAAUUUAAACUCCACCCAGUCUGGGACUCCUUUGUUCAUAUGCCACCCAAAAGAGGGUUGAAAAUGCAUCUAAAUUCUUGAAAUAGAAGUGGUAUUUUUUCAUUUCAUUCCAUUUGUUUCUUUCUUGCAUUUAAUGCUAUUUAACAUUUCUAUUCCAUUACCACUAAUUCAAGGGAAACUACUCUGCUUCCAGAAUUGACAUAUCUGUUGUCCUAUUUAGCCAUUUGUUAGAAUGAAAAGGCUUGGGAUCCAACCCAAAAAAACAAAAAUAAUUUCAGCCAAAAGCCACACAAAAUCAUAGGAAGUGAAGCAAAGGGGAGGGAUUUUUCACAGACUACGGGAGAAAUCUCUGUAGCAUUCCCCUGGGAAACAAAAUGUUUGCCCCACUUUUAUAUACUGUAUGUACUUAGAAUUAUCCCACCUGUAAAGCCAUCUGGCAAGUCAAGGGAGGAUGUGAGCCUUGAUUGUCUUGUUUCCAGGCCAACUUCAACCCCUACACUUGUUUGCACUGCAUGUCUCUUCCAUUCUCAUGAAAACUGGUUGAGCUACAUAAAGGAAGAGAAAUGUGGGUUCUAAAUGCCCCUCUAAAUCACUGGUAGAUUGGGGAUGUAAUUUUUCCUCUCCCAAACUAAAAUAAUGUCCAUGACAAGAACUUCCCCAAUUUUAUGCCCUUCAACUGUGUUAAGCUAAGUGUUAAGUCUCACCAUCUUUAGCCAGCAAGCAAACUGCUGUGCUGACUGUAAAUGAUGAGAGCUGGUACGUUGAGGGGCAUCACUUGGAUUAAACUGGAUCAUAACAUCAGAGGCAUCAGCUAAAUGCCCUGGAUCAGGUAAAAAGAUCAAGACGUGCCUGUGUGUGCAAAAACAAGGAAAGGCAAGAGAGAGAUAAAUUAUACAUUUAACUGACAGGCAUGAAGCUAGCUUGAAGAAACAGGUGCAUCCAUGGGGGAGUCAGAAAGGUCAAGAGGGCACCUGCAUGGAUAGAAACUAAGGCAGACUUUUGAUUAUGCAGUCAUGUCAUCUUGAGUAGAGAGAGAGGAAGGAGGGAGGGAGAGGCAGAGAAACUCUCGCCUCAGAGACACAUACAGGUAGGGCCAUGAUGGCGAACCUAUGGCAUGCAUGGCACAGGUGGCAUCUCUGAGGGCAUGCAAGCCGUUGCCCUUCGUCAGCUGCAGCACGCAUGCACCAGCCAGGUGAUUUUCGGCCUUAAACGGGCCGGGGGAGGCUGCUGUUGCAUUCCCCGGGCUUCAGGAAAGCCUCUGAAGACUGGGGAGGGCAAAAAAUGGGCCUACCAGAAGUUCAG